AUGGACACUGGCAGCCUUAACAUCAGCGCAGAACUCACCCUCCGAAAGUCAAACCCUUGGAACGCCCCAUUCACCAACGACAGAACAUGCAACUACGAGCUCUGCCCUGCACCGGAGAUAAUGACCAAGGCCGUGCAAUGUCAAAUCUACCGCCUGGAUGACUACUGCUCACAAAAAUGCCUUGGAAAAGCAAGAGCUAAUCACAGCAACCAUUGCGUGCAGUAUCAAGCACAGCCUCUGGCAACUCCAACUCACCCAAUCGUUGAGACGCACGUGACCGCGGACAGACCCACGUACACCUUCCAGCACAAUUUUUUCGAUCCGCUGAAGAGGGAACACGAGUAUAGAAUUAAGCAUUACGGCACGGCGAGAAUUGCGAAGACGGUGGUCAUGUUCGCAGACGAUGAGGACAAUUUGGCAUUCUAUCAGAACCUAAAAAAUGAUGGAACUUUGAGGGAAUGCUCUGUUCCCUUGACAAACGGGCCCGUGGUGGGGCUCGAUAUGGAUCCAAUACAUGCCAGACAGCAAAGGAAGCUUAACAGGAGUUGGUCUAAGCCCAUUACAGACAUGAAUGCCUGGAUCGGCAAGAGCACCAGCCAGCACUACUGCCCGAGACGAAAUGCUAGAAGAAUGGAUUCGACCUGA